AUGCCUACGGUGCAGCAGGCUGCGCAGAUAUACGAGGAUCCUCACACCUCAACAUCACCCCGCAAACAGCAUCGCAGAGUGCCUUCAGUUGGAGACGUGCUUCGAGGCCGUCGACGAGACAACAGCCCUACGAAACAGAACCAGCAAGUUUCGACAGCAGAAAUCUAUCACAGCCCGAGUCCUUUGGGCGAGCGACACAUCAACAGUCCCCCUCAAGCCCAGAAGGUACCAACAAAGCAGAGCGAUGGAACUACGGGUGCCAGGCCGCCGAUGCACCAGAAGACUGGAAGCUCUGUGUCAUUGAAAGAUCUCAUACUUGGACGCCAGGAGGAUCAGAAGAUGGCAUCGCCUACCAAGAGUCCUAAGAAGACUAAAUCCUCGACAAAUCUUGCAGGUCUGCUGAGGAAGCGAUCUAAGAAGGACCUGAAGGAGCCACCACGGAACCAAGAGAACAUCUCGCCAACAAAAAGCAGACCUGCUGAGCCAACGCCCAUUUGGCAGCAAUUUGCUACGCAGCCACAAGAACGGAAUGGCGUUGUACAGUUCCCAGGAUCCGAGGGCCGGAGCACCCAAGAUGAGAUUUCCAUGUACACGCCCAGAGACUACUCGGAGUUUCGGCCAGCCGAGCAAAGAAACUUCCACGGCUAUGCACCCUCUUCGUUGGACUACAAGCCUCCACAACGGCCGUUCCUGCAGCACCAGAACUCUAGUCGAAGCUCCGUCUUCAGCGAGCAUCUGGACGAUGACGUGCCCGCCUUGCAGCGGCCGAAGAGCAGAGAUCAAAGUUCCAGUCGACCCAGUUCGUCACCUCUUGUACCUCCCUCGCCGAAGAAGGAGAGCUUGUCACCGAAGAAAGAGCAGAAAUCUUCGAAGGUCAGUGAAGAGAAGCAGAAGAGUCCCGAAAAGAGCAAACGAUCGUCGAGGGUCCUUGACGCAAUCGCCACAUUGAACAAGCGAUCGCGAGACACGGCACCAUCGACACCUGUCGUGGAGCAGGCACAGCCUCUGAGUCCACAAGAACUGGAUAGCGCUUUUGAGAAGGUGCUCGACGCAAGAAACAUUCCGCACAACAUGAGAGACACCAUGCGGAAUCUGAAGCCGGAGCUCAAGGCCGCUCUUAUGAGGGGUGAGCGCGUUGGCAGCGGCGACUCUAGCAACACACCAGCAUCUGGUGAUGAGCGGAAAUCGCGCAGUCCUACUAAGAAGGUUGACGAGCGUCCGAAGAGCGAGGAUGGCGAAGCCAAAGACGGUAAACGACCACGGUCAAGAUCAAGGACCCGGAGUCGCAUCUUGACCCUAACGAAGCGGGACGCUCCAGGAUCGCCCACGAAAGAAGACAAGGAGAAAUCGUCGUCCGGCAGCUCAUUACGAUCUCGUAGCAAGUCUCGGCCCAAGUCGGUGGACAUGAGCUCAUCUCGUCCUACUUCGUCUCGGUCGUUAGGGUCCACUGGAUCGACAGCAUCUCUGGCCGCUCCUGAUAGCGCGACCACGCCUGGUGAUUUCAUCCACUACCUUAGAGAGGUACAGAAGCCAUCACUCGUGGAAGUCGGUAAGUUGCACAAGCUACGAAUACUUCUGCGAAAUGAAUCAGUGACAUGGACGGAUACAUUCGUGCUCAAGGGUGGAAUGCUCGAGGUUGUGCAGCUCCUAUACCGGAUCAGCCAAGUCGAGUGGCGCGAGGAGCAUGAGGACAACCUGCUUCAUGAGACGCUGCUCUGUCUGAAAGCUCUGUGUACGACUGAUCUGGCGAUGGAACGGUUCUCGCAGAUCGAGGACGAGUUCUUUCCUUGCAUAUUGGCCAUGCUGUUUGAUCCUGAAAAGAAGGGACCAUCUGAGUAUACUACACGAGGAGUCAUCAUCUCUCUACUCUUCGCUCAUCUCAGUGCUGCCAGGAGCCAGCUAUCUGGCCAUCUCGAGGCACGAGCUCGGAAGAUCCUCAAGUACCUUCAGGACCCUGUACCUGACCAGAGCAAGGAAACGCUGGAGUUUGUGUCCCAGAUGCAUACAUCCCGACCGUACCGCGUAUGGCAGAAAGAAGUCAGCAACGUCACAAAGGAAGUGUUCUGGAUCUUCUUACACCAUCUCAAUGUCGUCCCAGUGCUACAAAACAGCAACCUAGAGCUGACCUACGCGGAAGCACACUUUCCAGCGCCGCGCCCCCCUCAUCCGGCAGCACCAUACGUUGGCGGCGUCGAGUGGGACGCAACGCAGUACCUUGCCAACCAUCUCGACCUCAUGAACGGCCUGAUUGCUUCCGUCACAUCGGUGGAAGGCAGAAACGAGCUUCGCGACGCACUGAAACAGUCCGGCUUCGAGAAGGUCAUGGGCGGAAGUCUUCGCACAUGCAAAGAGAAGUUUUACGGUGGUGUACACGAUGGGCUGAAGGUGUGGGUUCGUGCAGCAAAGGUAGAUCAGUGUCGGUGGAAGACGUGCGGUCCGGACGCCGAGAGAUGGGAGCUGUAG